AUGUCUGAUGGGUGGCGUGAUUCAGUCGUGCAAAAAGAUAUAAUCAACUUUUUGGUGAAUUCUCCACGUGGAUCUUUCUUCAUGAAAUCCAUGGAUGUAUCCGAAGUUUCAAAGGAUGCAAACCUGUUGUUUGGCAUUCUUGAUGACAUGGUUGGGGAGGUGGGAGAGGAAAAUGUUAUACAAGCUAUCACAGAUAACGCUUCGGCUUAUGUUAAAGCAGGAAAGUUAUUGGAAGCCAAAAGACCACACCUCUAUUGGACUCCAUAUGCGGCGCAUUGUAUUGAUCUUAUGUUAGAGGACAUUGGCAAGCAAAUCCCUAAGGUGAAAAGUUCUUUGAAGAGAUGUAUGCUGGCAAAUGGGUACAUAUAUAACCAUGUUCCUGUUGUAAACAUGAUGAGGAACUUUACCAAGCAAAGAAACUUGCAUAGACCUGCUAUUACCCGGUUUGCAACAUCAUUCAUUACUUUGUCGCAAUUUCAUAAGCAAAAAGACAAUUUAAGAAAAAUGGUUUUGUCAAAAGACUGGGAAAAAAGCAAGUGGGUUAAGGCUAAUGACCCAAUAGCAAACAAGAUUAAAGGUUAUUUUAUAUCAGACUCGUUUUGGAGAAAUAUUCUAUAUUCUCUUAAGUUGACUGGACCGCUUGUUAAGGUCCUUAGAAUGGUGGAUGGGGAAAAAAAGCCAGUUAUGGGUUACAUUUAUGAGGCGAUGGAUCAAGCCAAGGAGACUAUUCAGAAAUCGUUUCUCAACAAAAAAGAGGAGUACAAGAAAGCUUUUCAGAUUAUUGAUCAAAGGUGGGAAUGUCAACUUCACCGACCCUUGCAUGCAGCUGGACAUUACUUAAAUCCUAGAAUCUUUUAUGAUAACAAAAUUAACGCUUCUUAUGAAGAAGUUAUGACUAGAUUAUAUGUUUGCAUUGAGAGAUUGGUUCGAGAUUCUAGUAUCCAAGACAAGAUAACCACCGAAUUAGCUACAUAUCAAAAUGCAGAAGCUUUAUUUAGUAAUAAAAUGCUGGGUGGUGGAUAUCAUAUGGAUCUUCAACCCCUAACUUGCAAAACUUUGUUGUACGUGUGCUUAGCCUCACAUGUAGUGCAACAAGUUGUGAAAGAAACCGGGGAGUCUUUCAACAUCUUCACACAAAAAAAACAGAAUAGAUUGGCACAGAGUAGACUAAAUGAUAUGGUUUAUGUGAAGUUCAAUCAUUCCUUGAAUUGUAGAACCAAUAGAAAGGACAAUGUUGAUCCUAUCCUUCUGAAUGAAAUAGAUGAGAGCAAUGAGUGGUUGUUAGGGAGAUUAGAGGAGGAUAAAGAUGAUAAUUUAGUGUUUGAGGGUGAAGAUUUGACUUGGGAUGUUGUGGAAAAAGCCUCAGGGGUAAAUGAGCCUUUUUAUGCAACUAGAGCAUCAAGAGAUGAUAGAGGAAAAGGAAUAGUUGGAUCUAGUGGACUUGGGUUGGUUGAUGAAGAGAUAGAAGAAGAUAUCGACAUGUCUGAUGAUGAGGAGGGAGAUAUGGAUAUGGAGCUUGGGUUUGACUUUGAUGAUGAUUGA